AUGAAGAGAUUUUUCUCUCCUAUAUCCUCCAAGUUGCCACAAUCAAGUUCAUCCGCUCAAAAUGCUCCUCGGGUGGAAGAAAACUUGAACCAAUUAGAAGAAACUCAUCAUUCCGCUAAAAGAUUGAAACAAGGGGUAGAUUUGGAUUCUUUACCGGCUGAUCCAAAGAAAAGAAUACCCAUUCGAGACUAUCAUCCGGAUGAACGUGAUGAGAUUAGACGAGCAUAUAUCCAAAGAGGUCCUCAUCAACCUCGAAUUCGCGAAUUUCCUCAAAGUGAUAUUUCUGGAUUAAAACGUCGUUUUAAUCGCAAAUGGUUUAAAAAAUGUCAUGAUUGGUUGGAGUAUAGUGUGACUGAAGAUGCAGCUUAUUGUUUGUGUUGUUAUGUAUUUCAAGAUGAAAGCAUUCAUCAAGGUGGAGGUGAAACAUUUUCAAGUAUAGGCUUCAGGAGUUGGCACAAAAAGAAAAGAUUAGAUACGCAUAUUGGUAAGUCAAACAGUGUUCACAAUCAGGCAAAGAAGAAGUGUGAAGAUCUAAUGCAACAAGAACAAUCAAUUCAAGCCGCAUUUGUUAAGCUAUCAAAUCAAACCAAGCUUGAGCACAAAAUUCGCUUAAAGGCUUCAAUUGAAGUGGCGAGACUUCUCUUGAAUCAAGGAUUGGCAUUUUGUGGACAUCGUGAAGAUGAAUCAUCGCUAAACAAAGGUAACUUUCUUGAAAUUCUUUCAUGGUAUGCGAAGUGGUGUGAUAAAAUUGGUGAACUUGUGUUGAAAAAGGUUCCAAAAAAUGACUAG